AUGUCUGCCUCACCUUCCUCGACUUUGCCUUCGACCAAGCGCCCUCUUGAGGACCCUUCCUCACCCUCCGGUCCUAAUGACCAGCCCGAGGCCAAGCGCCCUGCUUUGGAUAAGGUGGUUCGAAGCGACGACCACAAACGAUCCGACUCCGAAGUGAAGACCGAAUCUUCUGCCACCAAUGGCGCCGGCGAUACUGUAGUUGUCGACGCGCCGAACGGCAAGGACGUGAGUGCCAUCGACACCCAACCUAUCCAGUCUACCGCGUCGCAUGCGGAUCGUGCGUCAUCGCAGCAGCCUCAGAGUCAAACCCCGCAGGACGAGAGCUCUUGGAUCCAUAUCCGUGCUGUCAUUUCUAGCCCAGAAGCCGCUACUUGUAUUGGCAAAGGUGGGGAAAAUGUCUCCCAAAUUCGUCGUCUUUCAGGUGCCAAGUGCACUGUCAGUGACUACUCCCGAGGUGCCGUUGAAAGAAUUUUGACUGUCAGCGGCCCACAGGAUGCUGUUGCAAAGGCUUUUGGUUUGAUCAUCCGUACCCUUAAUAAUGAACCUCUUGACGCUGCUUCCACCUCUCACUCCAAGACAUACCCUCUACGUCUCCUUAUCCCCCAUAUCCUGAUUGGUUCGAUCAUUGGCAAAGGUGGUGUCCGCAUUCGUGAAAUCCAGGAAGCCUCUGGAGCGCGUUUGAAUGCCUCUGAUGCCUGCCUUCCCCUCUCUACUGAGCGUUCCCUCGUUGUUUUAGGUGUCGCUGAUGCCGUGCACAUUGCAACUUACUAUGUUGCUGUCACUCUUGUGGAGCAGCUUACUGAGAGAUUCGGUGGACCUGCCGCAUCCGCUUAUGCUACGCGCAGUGGUGGCCCCGCUGGUGUUGUGCCUGGCGGCAUGCAAGUUGUCCCAUAUGUUCCCCAACCCGCUGGUGGACAAUACGGCAAUCCCGACUCAUUCAAGAGACACUAUCCCCAGUCAAACCGACCUCUCCCUGGCCCGUAUGGCGUUCCUUAUUCCCACGGUCCUUCCGCCGCCCAGACCCCUGCCUCUCAGCCUCCUCUCCAUUAUGGUGCCUCCCCUCGCGCCCCUUAUGCCGGCGCAGGUCCCCAGCAGCCUGCUCCUUAUGGUGCUCCCCAAGCCCAGCCCCACACAGGUGCUCAGCCUCUUGCUGGGGUUGUUCCGAGCCAGCCUAUCACCCAGCAAAUAUACAUUCCUAAUGAUAUGGUCGGCGCCAUCAUUGGUAAGGGUGGUGCCAAGAUCAACGAAAUCAGACACCUGAGCGGCAGUGUGAUCAAGAUCAAUGAGCCCCAAGACAACAGCAAUGAGCGUCUUGUCACAAUUACUGGAACGCAAGAGUGCAACCAAAUGGCUCUAUAUAUGCUUUAUUCUCGACUUGAGAGCGAGAAACAUCGUAUUUAA